ACCAGGUUUGAUAGAUAGCAUUCCUCGUCGCAAAUUGUAUAGGACCGUCUUCCGGUUUGUCCUUGUUUACAAUAUGUCCUUUUUUCAUUUUUGUACCCUUCUCUUAUCACUAUCGAUAAUCGCUCUCCAAGUAGUCGACUACUACACUCCAUCUCACUAUCCUUCACCCAAUCGUUCAACGGUCGUGUCUUUCUAGGUCGUGAUCUGGUCGUGAUCUUUAUGAUUCACUCACUGGUGGUGUCUGAAACUGAAGGUGAUGUUGAGGGGGAAAUCACAAGUGCACGUCUCAACCAGUGGUUUGCGUUUUCUUGUGUGUUUGAUGGAGAGGAACUCCCUACACUAUCCCGCUAUCCCAUUGGACGUAUGCUGAUUGUACAGGUCCUUUCUCUGACUCACUAGACAAUUAUACUUAUCUGACUUGUUCACAAUUGCGAUCCAUUGCGGCAACCCAUAACAUCACUUCUAUUUGUCGUGCUACCAAAUCUGUGCUCCUCGCUUUACUACGUGAUCAUGCUUGUUCUCAGAUCUGUUCCCCAUGGCUCAUAUUUACCUUUCAAGUCAUGAUUCACCCUCGUACUCGUCUCCAAAACGCUCCGCCCGCCAUCUCAAUGCAUGAAGCCUUGCGAGAGCACCUUGGUGCGUUGGACAGAGAAUCGGAACUGCAAAGAUUAACAUAUAAACAUGACAUUAUUUGUGCGUGGCAAACUCAAUACGCUGUCGAUGCGCUUACGAGGAAGACUUGUGCCGUUUGUGCUCGCAGGUUUGCGCCCACUCAUAUUCAUGUUGUGCAUGGCUCUGACGUUGACCUUCCCUCUUGACAAACUUUUUCCUCCCCCGUCGUGUGUUACCUAAUAACUACGACUUUGCGUUAUACAACGAGGCAAUCUUACACGUCAAUGGGCUCCACACCCCUUGGUUACUUGGUGACAUCCACGUUUGUGGGAGUUGUCGGCACAGCCUGCUUCAUAACAAUAAGCAGCCAAAAGAUGCUUUUGCAAACUUUCAAUAUUAUGGCCAUCAAUGUAUACCUGUUACAGAACGUAAUGCAUUUUCUGCUGCCAGUAUGUUUGACAAAACCUUUCAUGGCGAUCCUACCGCAUCCCAACAUUACGUCCGAGGCAAUGUUGCUAUCAUCCCUCAAGACUCUGUUCACUUACGACAGGUCUUGCCCCCUUCCUCCGAAGACAUUGUGAAAGCUGUUUGUACUGUUUUUGUAGGAAAGGAUUCCGUUGUCAGUAGAGCAAAUGUUGCCAAGAUUAGCCCCAUAUUAUGCAGUAAACAUAAUGUUCAAAUUAUGAUUCAAUUUUUGGUCGCAAAUAACCCGUGGUACAGAGUGGGUUUCAGUCAAGAAAAUUUAGACGCGUUAUAUGACGGACCUUCAUCUCACGGUGUUCCCGCUGCCAUCCAACUUAAUUUCCUUCCAAGUGAAAGGGUUGGUGAGACCGCUUCAUGUUGCGCUGACCAUACUGAUCGUGAGGAGAACCUCGUUGAACAUAACAC